CUUCUCACUUUGUUAGUUUUCAAGUGACAGGAAGUGGAUCAGAACAGCAGUGGAGAGCAGCUGCUGCACUGUCAAGCUGAUCUCCAGGAGGAGGAACGGAGCCGAGGAACGCUGUCAGUUGUUUUAACUGAGCCACGAUAGAGGACAUAUGGAUUCUACACAAAAGCAACACGAAAGCAAGAACGAAGUGCAGGACGACGGCGCUCCCCCAAGAACUCCAAGAGGAUUCAGAUCGCUCUGUUGUGAUCAGUGUGGGAAGACUUUUACUCAGACGGGCAACUUAAACAUACAUAAACUCAUCCACAGUGGAGUUAAAGCCCACAGGUGUGAUCAGUGUGGGAAGACUUUUACUCAGCUGAGUAACUUAAAAACACACCAGCUGUUCCACAGUGGAGUCAGAGCCCACCGGUGUGAGCAGUGUGGGAAGACGUUCACUCUGAUGGGUCAUUUAAGAGCCCAUCAGAUCAUCCACAGUGGAGUCAAAGCCCACAGGUGUGAUCAGUGUGGAAAAGCCUUCACUCAGAUGAGCACCUUAAAAACACAUCAGCUCAUCCACAGCGGAGUAAAACCACACAGGUGUGACGAGUGCGGGAAGACGUUUGCUGUCAGGAGUAGCUUGAAAAAGCACCACGUCGUCCACAGCGGAGUUAAAGCGCACAGGUGUGAUGAGUGUGGAAAAACCUUCACUGAAAAGAGAAGCUUGAUUAUCCAUCAGCGCAAUCACACAGACAGCGAGCCAUACCGCUGCGACCUGUGUGAAAAAACAUUCAAGCAGCAGUACACCCUGAAGACACACCGACGGCUGCACACCGGCCAGGAUGUGUACUGCUGCGUCCAGUGUUGCAAAGUCUUCACAAAGUACUCAGAAUUUAAAGCCCAUGAAGGUACACACACUGGAGAGAAACCGCAUCGCUGUGACCAGUGUGAGAAAACCUACAGCUCCAUCUGUGGCCUGAUUGUCCACCAGCGGAACCACACUGGGGAGAGACCAUACCAAUGUGACCAGUGUGAGAAGACUUUUAAAACAUCAAACGCCCUAAAACGACACCGACAGAUCCACACCGACAGAGAAUGUUCAAGUGCCGGCGCAAAGUGAGGUACGUAAAGAACGGUCUCAGUGACAGCGACCGCAUGUCGACAUAUCUUCAGCUGUGGUUCUGGUUUAACACUUGGAUGCAUUUAAAACACCUGCAGCGUUGCCUUUGCUGUGCGAGCGCUUAUUUUCAUUGACACUCAGUGAAAUGAGGUUUACAAGUCAGAGUGCAGAAGUGUCCUCAGAUGUCAGAUGAGAUGCUCUCCAUUUAAGACGUGAUGCCUCCAUUCUACACAACUGCAGCACACCCUGACGUAUUCUGUGUUCGUUUUAGAAGCGGAGCAGCACAGGUGAACCCAGUUCUCAGCCCCGUCAGCUCUCUGCCAAUGGUAAACGGCACCGUUGUGAACCCUACAGAGUCCCGCUAGACGCAAACUGAACUCCUGCAAAGAAGGUGGGAGAGGUUUCCCAACUCCGGGUUUAUUCAAAGCCCAUGAAGUCAACUGUCAUAGAAUUCAUAUUUAUUGUCUUUGCCUCAUCUUCCUGUCCCUGAAAUUUCUGAUGGAAAAGGACAUAGAUCAGCGAACAAUCAGUGGAAGCUCAGCAGCAGCAGUAAUCAGGAGGUGUAGAAGGAGGCACCACAAAUCAGAGCUGCAGUGGUCGUCUCACGGACAAAGCGCUACCUUCACUGUCUGUCUGCGAAGAACCAGAUGGGCAGCUGCUUCAGACUUGGCACAUUAGUUAUCAACGGACAUCAGCGUUUCUGUAAAGCUCAGACAGUUUACAGGACGUGAAUAAUGUCGCCCCCUGUGGAUGGCAUGGAAGAAAAACACCCCAUCCCAUCGGUCGGUACAAAACUGCAAGAGUGAACUUUGCUACAGAACAUAUUGGGUUCAGAUUCUUUAGUCAGAUGGCAUCAAGAUGAAUCAGUUUGAUUCAGGUGGAGUCCAGCAUCCACAUAUACAACAAGAUUUUUACUUCAUAUGUUUCCACAACAUGCUAGACUUUGACCUUUUUUUUUUUGGGACAUAUACGCUAAGUAAUUUUGUUAACACGCUAUACUUUAGCAUUAGGUAGUCGUUUUUACAACAUACUGCACAAGACCAUUAUUUUCUUUUACAUCCUGCACAGGUUUUUGAUGACAUAAUAAAUGCUCAAAUGAA